UAAAAAAAAAAGAAAGAACGAAGGGAAUAAUAAUAAACAAUAAGGAAUCGGUGGUAAUGCGUGCAGGAUUAAGCCGAGUCACGUCCGGUUACAAUAAAUAAUGCGUGUUGUGCUCGUGUCGCGCGGUACCACUGGGGACAAAGUGAGGUUAUGUGUCUCGAGUGUCUUGCCCAAACGUGAAAAAAUGUAAACAAUAAAUUCGAUUUAUUGUCUCGCAUUUUUAGUUGGACAGCCGUGACGAAACGAUAGUUUGAAGUGGACAAUUGGGAAUUUUUCUUGGUGUAUCGGUCGCUGCUCUGAGCAGGGGAUUAACGGGACAAGAAUGGUUUUCGAAUCGAUCGUUACCGAGUUGCUCAAUAAAGUCCUGGGAGAAUACGUGCAGAACUUGGACUACAAACAGCUCAAAUUGAGCCUAUGGAGCGGUGAUGUAGUUCUCCGAGAUCUUUUGAUCAAAGAAAGUGCAUUAGAUGUACUGGAUUUACCAAUAAAACUAGAGUAUGGUCGAUUAGGUAAGCUUGUACUGAAGAUCCCUUUUAAGGAUAUGUGGAAUGGCCAGAUUGAUGCCAUAGUCGAAGAACUUUUCGUGCUCGUUGUCCCUUCCAGCCAAGUGCAGUACGAUGCCAACAAGGAGGCACAGAUUGAGCUUGAAGCGAAGCGUGCGGAGCUUGCAAGGGUCGAGAGAAAUAAGCAACUCGCAGACAUGAAAAAUCAAGAAAAGGUUGAUGAUUCCAUGAUGGAAAAGCUCAUUGCUCGGAUGAUUAAGAAUAUACACGUCGAAAUCAAUAAGAUCCAUGUAAGAUACGAAGAUCAUGUUUCUUUCAAAGAGCAUCCGUUUUCUAUCGGUUUCACUCUCCAUCGAUUCGCCCUGGAAAGUUGUGAUCACAAUUGGUUAUCAACUGGUAAUUUAAAAGAUAUGUACGCUAUUCAACAAAUUUUCAAAUUAUGCACAAUGGACGGCUUCGCAGUGUACUUGAAUCCGUCACCUUAUCAAUUUAGCACACUAUCUCGAGCAAUGUAUUUACAAAUGUUUUCCGAAAGCAUCGCUUCUGCUGAUUUUCUACCUGAAGAUUAUCAAUAUCUACUGGGUCCGAUAAAUGUAAAAGCGAAAUUGAAGCUGAAUCCCAAACCAGAAAUAGAUGGUAGUAAUUAUUCGAUACCGAAAGUUUGGCUGGAUCUUGAAAUGCAAACAUUAAGAAUCGGUUUGACAAAACGGCAGUAUCGCACACUAAUGCAAAUGUGCGAAGGUUUAGAAAAGGCAAAACAUGCAGCCCCUUACAGGAAAUACAGGCCAAAUUUUACUCAAUUCCGAGGACACUACGUUGAAUGGUGGCAUUUCGCAUACAUUUGUAUUUUAGAGCAAGUGAAAAUUACUAGAAGAAAUUGGGAUUGGAAUCAUAUGAAAAAUCAUCGAGAUCUGUGUAGAAAGUAUGCAAAACUUUACCAAAUUAAAUUAACAGGAAAGCCAUCGACUGAAUUAGAAGAACAGUUAACAGAAUGUGAAAAAAAAUUAGAUAUUUUUAAUCUUGUUAUUAUAAGACAGCAAAUUGAAAUGGAGGUUGAAAGAUUAGCAGAAAAAGAAAAAGAUUUGAAAGCCAAUAGGGGUUGGUUUGGAUUUUUAUGGGGAUCAUCAAAACAAGAUAAUGUUCAAGAAAUGAAUUCAGCCGUAGCCAUAAUGAAGAAAUUUGAGGAAGCGAUGACGCCACAAGAGAAAGAAAAACUCUUCAGGGCUAUAGAUUAUCAGGAAAACAGUGUUCCUGCACAUUAUCCUGAAACUUAUGAAAUGAUUGAUACUAGUUUCUUUUUGCAUGGUCUGCACAUAUUGUUAUUAGAUACUGACAUGAUAUAUCCCGAGAUUUUAAAUUUACAGUUAAAAGCAGUGCAUGCUUCUUUUAAAUCUAGACCAGCAGCAAAUGCAAUCUUAGUAACAGCAUCAAUCAGUGACUUAAGUUUACUUGGUGUAAAACAAGGAGAGAAAGUGCCUUCGCUAUUUAAUUUGGAUAAAAAUACAAAUUCCACAACUGGAUUGUUUUCGAUUUCAUACGAAAAGAAUCCAAUCGAUAAACUUUGCGGUGAUAGGAUCAUUGUUAAAUCUAGUGCUGUGCAUAUAGUUUACGAUGCUCAAACUAUUAUUGAAUUAAUUAAAUUGUUUAAAAUACAAAAUUCAUCUACAUUAAGCCAAUUGCAAGCUGUUGCUGCUGAGCGAUUAGAUAGUUUAAAAGAAGUAUCCGCUUUGGGUUUAGAGUAUGCUAUUCAGAAACAUUCUGGAUUAGAUAUUCAGGUUGACAUGCAGGCGUCACAACUUAUCAUACCAUAUGGAGGAUUGUACAAUGGUAAUGAAUCCCUAUUAGUAAUAAACCUUGGCGUUUUAAAUAUUAAUUCGCUGGAAAAACCAAAGGAUGUAGCUCAUUUGAGUGUGAAACAAUUAGUUAAUAUGGGUAAAACCGAAGAAGAUAUAUUAUCACAUCUUCGAGAGCACAGUUAUGAUAAAUUUGACUUGAAAAUAGUUAAUUUUCAAGUACUUAUUUCAUUGGCCAAUGAAGAUUGGCGAAACGCUCUGUCAUUUGAUGACAGUCCUUUAAAAGUUGUCAAACCUGUGACAUUAGAAGUACAAUUUCACAAAUGUCUUAUAACAGAUGAUGUACUAUUACCGAAAAUAAGAUUGAUAGGUAACUUGCCAUCUGUUGCGAUCAAUAUAACAGAAAAACGAUUGCUCGAGGGUCUCGCUAUCGCGCAAAGUAUUCCAAUGCCAGAAGAAGAUAACUCAUCUAACAUUCAACGAAUUUCAAUUUCAAAGUCAGCAUCUCAACUAUCAUUAUUUAAAGAAUUAUCAAAUCUUCCAUCAAUGAUUGAGAAGAAAAAAGAACCCACCAUUUCAAUGAAGCAAACAACAGAUUUAGAAGCCAAAUUUGUAAUGAAAGAAUUUACAGUAACAAUAUUGAAGCAAGAAAAGAAAACAGAAAUUUUGCCAUUCAUCAUAUUCCAACUACUUCAAUUAGAGGUAGAAUUAAUGCAACGCACUUUCAAUUCCGAAGUUAUGUUAAGGUUGGGAGGAGUUCAAGUAAAACAACAUCAUGAUACUGGAGAAAUUUUCAUGAUAAAUACUCCAAUGUCUUCUGGAAGUCAAGAAUAUCUUAUAAUUAUUAAAUUUAUUAAUAUGAAUAAGCGUUCUCCAGAAUUCGCGAUACAAGGUUCUGUGGUAAACCUAUUGUGUCUUGAAUUCACAACACUCAAUGUUUUAUUGCAUCAAGAAGCUUUGAUAAAUGUUCUUCAAUUUUUAUCAAAUGUUAACACUAAUAUCACAGCAGCUACUGCUCAAUUACAAGAAAAGAAAAAGCAACAGAAGGUUAAUAGGGUCGCGCAUUUAACAACAAUUCAGGAAGAUACAUCAACAUUUAUUAAAGAACAAAUUCAAAAACAAAGAGGAAAAACACGUCGAAAGAAGGCGCAAGUGGAAAUCGUCGAUUUUAAGGUUGCUGCAAAGAUAGGCACUAUAAGUUUAAAAAUGGUAAACGACUUCAGAGAUAUUAGCGCCUUUUACAUCGAAGGCAUUACAGCUGGUUACACUAUGAAAGUUUCUCACUCAAAACUCAAUGUUCAACUAAGCUCGGUUAAGAUCAAAGAUCUUAAUGCUAUGUCUAUUUAUAAAAACAUUGUUUCUGUGGAAGGCUCGGAGCUGCUGCAGAUCGAUGCAAUAAUGAACAAUAUUGAACCGGGCGACCUGGAUAAUAAUAAUAUGUCUAUAACUAUUACAAUGGGUUGUCAUCGAAUCGUAUUCUUGAAUGCUUUUGUCAUUUCAGUAAUGAACUUUUUGAACAACUUUCAAGCUGCUCAACUGGCAAUUGCAGAAGCAUCGGCAGCUGCUGCCAAAGCCGCGAAGACUAAUAUAAAAGAUGUGCACGAGCGAGCUUCGCGUAUUGAAUUAUCCGUAAAGCUAAAGGCUCCAGUCAUAUACGUACCAAUGAAUUCAAAAAGCGAGCACUGUUUGAUGUUGGAUAUGGGUAAUCUUACCAUUAGUAAUGUCUUAAAGAAGAUAGAAGUGAAUGAUUCUAGGUCCAAUGAUUAUCCUAUUGUCGAUGAAAUGAAUAUUGAAUUACAAAAUCUGAAAUUAUCCAGGGUAAGGCUGAACAAAGACAAAUUUAUUGCUGAAAAUGAGGUCAUGUUGCUACAGCCUGUUAGUUUUAUACUGAUGAUCAAGCGCAAUCUAUCGACGGCUUGGUACCACCAAAUUCCAGACAUCGAGAUGUCGGGUCGAUUGAAGCUCAUUAACUUACUGCUAAACCAUGAGGAUUAUAUGAUGAUAAUGGCAACAUUGAGUGAGAAUCUCGGUGAGACCGUUGAUGAGACCAUCCCAGUCCAUCAAAUCAACCGUACGGACAAGAAACAUCUAUCCGAGCAGCAUAGUCGAGUAACUACUUUUAAAGCAGAUGUGGAAGUUGUAAAAGAACGUGAUUUUGUUUCUCAAGAGCAACAACACGUACAGACAACUAUUAAAUUUGAAUUCAUAAUGGAAAGUCUUAUCAUCGAAUUGUUCACUGGCGGUUCUAAAUUGUUAAAGACACAGAAUUCGCCACUACAUUUGCCUGAGAACAGUUUAGCGAAGUUCGGUCUGUCGCAUUUGGCACUCAAGGGUCGUAUGCUCGCUGAUGGUCUACUGGCCACAUCUAUCGUAUUGAUGGAUUGUACUCUCGAUGAUACACGUCGCAAUCGUAGGAAUUCGCUUGCCAGGAUAAUGGAGAGAAGCAUCAAAAAGUCGCAAUCAGAGAAUUUAAACGAUGAGAUGACCAAGCCUAUUCGUAGUAUGCUGGAUAUCACUCUUAGGAAAGGACCGAAUGAUAUGUUUGUGGAUGUUCGUGUUUUUUCGUUCAGCAUCAUAAUAUCGCUCGAUUACUUAAUGAAAAUUAAGGAUUUCUUCAACGUCGCUCCUCAGUCCGUACAACAAACUUAUCCACAAUAUUCAUCAAAACUAUCAUGUGAUCAAACAGCGAAGAAAAAAGUUGCUCAACCAACACCUGCAUUAACAAAUUCAAUGAUGACGAUAAAUUUGCACAUAGAAAAGCCAGAUAUUAUUUUAUUGGAAGAUAUGGAUGAUAUUGAUUCUAAUUGUAUAGUUUUGAAUGCUGAACUAUUUUUGAAAGUUCGAAUAAUGGGCGAACAUCAAGUUAUUAAUGGAUCUAUCCAAAAUCUUUCGCUUUUAACUGGUAUUUACAAUACUAAAAAAAGAUCUGAUUGGAUAUACCAGGUGCUUAGACCAACUAGUAUCAGCAUAGCAGGUUCAACCCCAGAUGGCAAGGGUUUACAUGUAGAUAUUUGCAGUACGGAUAUUCACAUUUCUGUCUCUCCAGGUGUCAUUGAAAUUUUGAGCAGAGUCUUACAAACUAUUACGAAAAAGGAAGAUGAGGAUGAUGAAGUUAAAAAACCCGAACGGAAUCACGAUGGUCUUUGGAUUAUUACACCAUUUAAAGAAUCAGAUUAUUGGUUUUUAAGAACAGAAAUUGGGACAGAAGCUUAUGAAGAUCUUCAAGUUUUCAAUGCUGAUGAAGUAGAAACUAAAUGUUAUAAACCCGAAGUUGCUAUUAUUUCUGCACCUACAAUUUUACUUACUCUCGAAGCUGGUAUCGGUAAUAAAACUUUACCGAUGCUGCUACUGUAUCUUGGAUUUCAAAGUAAAAUAUCUGAUUGGAGCACUAAUACAAUGAGUAUCGAUUCAACGAUAUCAGUAGUUAUGGCAUAUUACAAUAGUCGAUUAGCCUUAUGGGAGCCAUUAAUUGAGCCUAUGGAAGCAAUGAAAAAUGGAAAACGAACUUCUACACCAUGGGAAUUGAAAUCAAAAAUUCAAUUUAACGAUAUCACAGCAAAUAAUGGGAUAGCUCCUUUAAACACAUUAUCCGAAGUGGAAUCGGAAGAAUUUUAUCAAAAAUCGAAAAUGUCUGUCGAUAUUUUAUCAACUGAAAACUUGGAGAUCACCGUUACUAAAACAUGUUUAGAAGUAUUGAAGCAUCUUGGAAAUGCUUUUUCAAAUGCUAUGGAAAUUAGUAAUAAAACUUCGACGAAAAAAGUUGCACCAUAUAUAUUGAAAAACGAGACUGGUUUAACCAUGACUUUAGAUUUAGAAAACAGUCAUUUUACGGUCGCAGAAAACGAAUAUUGUUUGAAAAACACUAAGAAUGCAUUGUAUUCAGAAGUGAUUUUGGAAUCCGGAGCAUCAGUGGAAUUAGCAACGAAAGUUAAAAUCGAAAUUCAUCUUUUAGAGCAAUUGAAGGCUGAGACCGUCAAAGAUCGAGGCUCAAAUAAAUUCAUCGUUUCAUUUAAGGAUAUUGAUGGAAGUUUGGAAAUUCCGAUACUCAGGGCAGAUAAGCGUUUCUUUUCAUUGAAAUAUCGGAAAGAAGGUUCGGAAGAAUGGGGUAUAAUUUCUGACGUUGUCGUUGAAGACGGAAGUACAAUUGUAACACUGCGAAGCAUUUUACAAGUUCACAAUCACUUUUGCGAACCAGUUUCCGUUUACUAUAUGACUAAACGUGGAAAUGAAGUUGAAAAAGUUGGAACAGUGCUUCCUGAUGAAAAGUUGAAUUUGCCAUUGGAUGCAGUUUAUACAGCAUCUAGUAUAUAUUGGCUUUUCUUCAGUAUUGAUGGUCAUAUGGUAUCCGUUGAACCAUUCAUUUGGAAGGAUCUACAAAAAACCAUUUCAAUGACGAAAGUGCUAAAGUGCGAAAGUCGGUCUAAAGUUGAUAAUAUUGCUCCUUUUUACAUUCAGGUGGUGGGUGAAAUCGAACAGGUCUAUUUUGAAAAUACCAUUCGUCACACAAUGGCCAGUACAAUUUAUAAUGUCCACCUCUAUCCUUCUGUCUAUUUGAAGAAUUUCUUACCUAUCGACAUAAUAAUUUGCCUGCCUGGCAGCAGUCAAGAGAAGCGAAUAGAAGCCGGCAUAACCGUUCAGAUACCGACCAUCGAUCCUGUAGAGUCAAUUUUGGUCAUCAAGCUACCGCAAUAUCUCGAAAAGGACUGGUCCUGUAGACUGGAUAUAUCCAAGAAUACACCCGAAUUCUCUGUUUGGUCCUUCGAGUCUUUUGACAGUGCGCAAAGAGUCAUUAUGGAUCUUGGCAUUCACACAUCUCACAAACACGGCUCCAUCAUCAUGGCUCUUUACUGUCCAUUUUGGAUGCUGAAUAAGACCGGACUUAUGUUAUCAUAUAGAAAAUCAAGUAAAGGUGGCAAAGAACAAUCAAGCCCAGUCAAGAAAAAGCUUUUCUGUAUCAAUUCUGGUCAACGGCGCGGACGACGAGGAAUGAAGAAGAGCUCGGAGGAUCAUUUGAACGUACUUUAUCACCCGGAGACAUUCAAAGGACCAAUUCUAUUUUCAUUUAAAUCUAAGGUUUUCUUUGGCAAGAAAAAAGCGAUGAUUAGGAUUGAGAAUGGCGAGUGGUCCGAUAAGUUUUCCAUCGAUGUGGCUGGCAGUAAGGGCGUCGUAUCUUGCAAGUACAAUGGAAAAAUUUAUCAAAUUGGAGUACAUAAUCAGUUGACCUACAAUUCGUUGACAAAGCAAAUAACUUUUACACCUUAUUUUGUCUUAAUUAAUAAUGCCGAUUUUAUUAUCGAGUGUCAAGAAGCCGAACGUUCAGCCGAUCAAAUUAUUCAGGUUCCACCUGGCGAAUGCACUGCACUUUGGCCUAACACAGAACAGGAGGUAAAAACUCUAAAGGCUAAAGUCGCCGGCUAUUCCGAGAAAACUUCGGCUUUCAUAUAUACGGAUGUCCAUAGUACUCUAUUGAGACUCGACAAUAAGUUCGGCGGUAUCAACGUUGACGUACAAAUUAACGAAGGUGGAGUUUACAUAUCGUUUUCAGCUUAUACUUAUGGAAAUGCUCUAGCUUUAAUAAUAAAUCAUACGCCUUAUCCUAUUAAUAUUUGGGAGAAGGGAUCCCUAAAUAUCAGAACCUUACAAUCUUAUAAUCGAAUGUUUUAUACCUGGGAAAAUCCAGCAGGGCCAAGACUUAUAAUGUGGGAUGCUGGAAAUAAAAAAGAUAUUUCAGAUACACUUCGUAAAGAUAACUUGGGAGCCUUCACGAUACCUGAUUAUAACGAAGAAGCUUAUUACGUCUCUUUCUUAGAUGGUAUACAGCGAGUAUUACUUUUUACGUCGAAUUUAAAAAUCGCUCAAGAUUGUCAGUUUGUGGGUGAUCUUGAGAUUAUAGACCAAGAUAUCACCAUAAGUAUUCAUGGUGUCGGAUUAUCACUGGUUAAUAACAUUAAUAAGUCUGAACUUCUAUAUAUGUGUAUUGCUAGCUCCGGAGUAAUUUGGGAAAAUCGUAAGUUCGUAAAUAGUGGAUGGCGUGGUUUAAAUGAACGAGAAGUUUGUCUUAUUGAAGAAGGAUACCAAAAAUAUAUAAAGGAGCUUCAAAUAGAUAAAGAAACGCACUAUCGCAUUAUGCUAGAUCCUAAAUUAGAGGUCGAUUAUUUGAACAUGGAAAUGUUAAAACCUCAUCGGCGUUACAUACGUCGCACUUUUCAAACUGGCCUUUGGUUACAAUAUCGAACGUCUGCGCAUCAAGUGCAAUUACAUGCAAAAAUUAACAGACUUCAAAUAGAUAAUCAACUCUCGGAUUGUAUUUUCCCGGUUAUUUUAGCUCCCGUACCACCGCCGAAAAGUAUAUCACAAAGUUCAGUAAUGAAACCGUUUGCUGAGUUGAGUAUGGUAAAACGUUUGUUGGAACACAGCAAUGUACAGCAAUUCCGAUACUUUAAAGUUCUUAUUCAGGAAUUCCACGUGAAAGUAGAUUUAGCAUUUAUGAAUGCUUUGAUGCUACUUUUUGAAGCUGAUGAAGCAAACGAAACUCAAGAGGGUCAAUUGUUUAAAGUUGAUAUGAAAUUGGUGAAUGAACCACUUUUGCAUCAUGUUAAUUUAAUAACUGUUGCGGAGCAGAAAAAUUUCUUUGAUUUACUACAUUUCUCGCCAUUAAAGAUUCAUAUAAGCUUCUCUAUGACUGGUAGUGGCAGUGGACCUUCUGCAGUUCCACAAGUUGUCAAUGUUUUACUUCAAGGCAUUGGUGUUACGAUAACAGAUAUAAAUGAUAUCGUUUUCAAACUAGGCUAUUUUGAAAGAGAUUACGUAUUUAUGACCCACAAACAACUAAUUUCCGAGGCUACCAGUCACUAUGCUGGCCAAGCGAUCAAACAACUUUAUGUUUUAGUCCUCGGUUUAGAUGUUAUUGGAAAUCCUUAUGGAUUAGUCGUUGGUGCUAUGAAAGGCGUUGAAGAUCUUUUCUAUGAACCUUUUCAAGGUUUUAUACAAGGGCCUGGUGAAUUCGCUGAGGGACUUUUACUAGGAGUACGAAGUAUGUUUGGUCAUACCGUUGGUGGAAUGGCAGGAGCUGUAUCAAAAAUAACUGGAGCAAUGGGUAAGGGUCUUGCUGCUCUAACCUUCGAUAAAGAUUAUCAACGCAAACGCCAAGAGCAAAUCAAUAAACAACCUGCAAAUCUACAGGAAGGACUUGCAAGAAGCGGAAAAGGCUUAGUUAUGGGCGUAGUCGAUGGUAUUUCUGGAGUUGUUAUGAAACCAUAUUCAGGUGCUAAACAAGAAGGUGUUGAAGGAUUCUUUAAAGGUUUUGGAAAAGGGGUAGUUGGUUUGGUUACAAGACCAACUGCUGGAAUUGUUGACUUUGCAAGCGGCUCCCUAGGAGCAGUACGGAGAGCAACCGAUUUAAUUGUUGAAGUUAAGAGAGUUCGACCUCCAAGAUUUUUACAACCUGAUAGCUUAGUACGACCAUACAUACGCGAUGAUGCGGAAGGCAAUAAGAUUCUUGUUGAACUCGAAAAAGGAAGAUAUGCAAACACCGAUAUUUAUAAUUUGCACAUGUAUAUAAAUAAAGAUGUCUUAUUACUAACCGAUAAAAGAAUUGCAUAUUUAGAGAGAUGCGAUUUAUUUGGGGGAUGGAAGGUUGAUUGGUCGUAUACUUGGCAAGAAAUUGAUCCACCGCCCGUAAUGGUCGAUAAAGGAGUACAAAUUAGUAUAAAAGAUACUCAAAAGAAAAGAAAACUUGGAGGAUUAUUUAGUAAUAUGGAUACAUUAAAAAUCUUUUUAAUACCAGAUUUACAAUCAAAGCAGUUACUGUACAGCAAAAUACAAGAACAACUUCGCCAAUAUGAAUCGCUAGGAUAAUUAGACCAAUAAAUUUAUAAGACACGAUAAGAUAGAGAAAAUAAAAUUUGUCUAUCAAAAAGGAAAAUCUCUUUUUACAAUUGCUGAAGCAUAAAAUAUCGCAUUCACUUAACGAAGACUGAUAACACGCUUCACGUAAAAACGAGGAUAGCCGAGGAAAAAAUAAGCUCCAAUAAACUAUAAAAGAAAGUAUUCUUCCUACCUCGACUAAAUAGAGAAGCUAAAAAUAUUGUGAUUUCAAUAAAUCGUAUAAACCGGAAAUAGCUUUU